AUGGGUGCACGACAAGCGUUAGGCAAGCGGAAGGAGCCGCAGGCGGAUGUUCCUGCCCCUGUUGACGACGAAUUUGCCGCAACGUUAGAAGGUGUCUUGUCCGGGAGCGAAGACGAUUCCGACUACGAAGAAACUUCCGAGUCUGAGGGCGAAGAGAAUGGUCUGAACGGCGAGGAGUCAGAGGAUGAGGAAGACGAGGAGGACAUUCUGAGCGACGAAAUUCCCUCCGACGACGAAGACAUUUCUUCGAAGCUCAAGUCAACAAACCUCGGCAAGGACGCUGCCGCCGUCGAUGGCGAGGACGACAAGCCCAACUACAGGGUCGUGACUGGCGCCGACGGCGAAGAGCGCUACGAGUACGACGAGAUCAAUGCCGACUACGACUCCGACGACACUGACGCCCAGGAGCCCGUCAACACAAUCGGCAACAUUCCUCUUUCCUUCUACGACUCUUACCCUCACAUCGGAUACGACAUCAAUGGCAAGAAGAUCAUGCGCCCGGCCGCCGGCGAGGCAUUGGAUGCCCUGCUCGAGACCAUUGAGCUUCCCAAGGGCUGGACUGGCUUGACGGAUCCCCAGACGGGCAAGCCACUCAACCUGAGCCAGGAUGAGCUCGAGCUUUUGCGCCGCGUACAGAUGAACGAGGUUCCCGAAGAAGGAUACGACCCCUACCCCGAAAUGGUCCACUGGUUCACAGCACACGAGGAGAAGAUGCCCCUUAGCGCGGCGCCCGAACCGAAACGCCGCUUCGUACCCUCCAAGCACGAGGCGAAGCGCAUUGCCAAGCUCGUCAAGGCCAUCAAGGACGGACAUAUCUUGCCGUACAAGUCGGCGGAAGAGAAGGAGAAGGAGGAAGCCGAGAAGGAAGAAGUCUACUACGACGUCUGGGCGAACGAGGAGGAGCGCCCGCCGCACGUCAUGGACAUUCCGGCGCCCAAGCUCCCGCCUCCUGGCUACGACCUCAGUUACAACCCUCCCCCUGAGUACCUCCCGACAGAAGCCGAGAGGGAAGAGUGGGAGAAGGCGGAUCCCGAGGACAGAGAGAAGGAGUACAUGCCCGCCAAGUUCGAUUCGUUGCGCAAGGUCCCCGCCUACGGCGAAUUCGUCAAGGAGCGCUUCGAGCGCUGUCUGGAUCUUUACCUCGCUCCCCGUGUGCGCAAGAACAGGCUCAACAUCGACCCUGCGUCGCUUCUUCCCAAGCUGCCUCGUCCCGAGGAGCUCAGACCUUUCCCCACAUCCUGCCAGACUGUCUUCCGUGGCCACGAGGGUCGCGUGCGGUCUUCUGCCAUCAGCCCUGACGGCGAGUGGCUUGCAAGUGGUGGUGACGACGGUACUGUGCGCUUGUGGCAUCUCCGUACCGGUCGCCAGGAAUGGAUGGCCAAGCUCAGUCUCGAUGAGGCUGUGAACGCUGUUCGCUGGCGUCCUAACAAGGAGACCUUCAUCCUGGCUGCCGCUGCUGGUGAAGACAUCUUCUUUGCGGUUCCUCCUCGCGGUGCGGAUGGCAUCGACAAGGCCAGCCGUGACAUUCUUGACGCUGGUUUCGGUUACGCCACACAGAACCCUCAGCCCAAUGCUGCUAUUACCAAGGAGCACCCGGGCAAGUGGGCCAGACCCGGCUCCAAGUUGGAGGCUGCCGGUGUCCUGCUCAAGGCCACCGUCAGGUCAGUCAUCAAGGUGAUCAACUGGCACAGACGAGGAGACUUCCUCAGCACCGUGUCCCCCAACGGUCAGCGCAGCGCAGUCGCCAUCCACACCCUCUCGAAGCAUCUGACUCAGAUUCCCUUCCGCAAGCUGCCCGGUCUCGCCCAGACGGCGCAGUUCCACCCCUCGAGGCCCCUCUUCUUCGUCGCGACCCAGCGCAUGAUCCGCUGCUACGACCUGCAAAGACAGGAGCUCGUCAAGGUCAUCCAGCCCGGCGCCCGCUGGAUCUCGUCCUUUGACGUGCACUCUGGCGGUGACAACAUCGUCGUGGGAUCUUACGACAGACGUCUCCUGUGGCACGAUCUCGACCUCUCCAACCGCCCGUACAAGACGAUGCGCUUCCACUCGGAGGCCAUCCGCGCCGUCAAGUACCACCGCAGCUUCCCCCUCUUCGCUGACGCCAGUGACGACGGCACCCUGCAGAUCUUCCACGGCAAGGUCGUGACCGAUCUCAUGGAGAACCCGACCAUUGUGCCGGUGAAGAUGCUCAAGGGCCACAAGAUUGUCAACAAGCUCGGUGUCCUGGACGUGGACUGGCACCCUACGGAGCCCUGGUGUGUGAGUGCCGGCGCCGACGGCACCUGUAUCCUCUGGACCUAA